AUGGCGGCCUUCACGGGCCAUUCUGCAGAGCCAUGCUACACUCCACAGCCAGAUCCAAACCAUGAAUUGAGGCUUCUCAUGGAGCAGUUUGCUCGAGAUUGUGAGAGAUCAUGCUCCAGGAUGGAUCAUUGUGUCCAGGCCUAUCGUGAAACAGAGGAGAUCCUCCUGAGCCUUAAGAAGAGCGCCGAUGAUCUUGAGCGAUCUUUCGCACAACCUGCUCCAGAUCACCCUUCUGCUACCAUACAAGAAGAGGAGGAGGAAGAAGAAGGCUACAAGGACAUAGUGGAUCACACUGAAGUUGUCACGGAGAGCUCCCGUGAUGAUCCUGAUUAG